AGUUUUACAACUAGAUGGCGCAGACAGUUCAUAACCACAAGGUUGGAGACCUUUGUAUGGGGAUGAAGAGUGUGAACCUCCGGGUUAUCGUACUACAUGUAGGGGACCCUCAAGUUGUUAAAGGGGGACAGACAGUGAAGGCUUGUAAAGUAGCAGAUCAGACUGGGUCAGUGGAGCUGUCUUUGUGGAGUCCUUGGUGUGAUUCUAUACAGGAAUCAGAUAUAUUGCAGCUAACAAACUGUUACAUGGGGGUAUACAGCAACAGAUUAGUAGUCUAUGUUGGUCGCAGUGGCAGCGUCGCUAAAGUUGGGGAGUUCACCAUGUUAUAUGCCGAGAUGCCGAACAUUAGUGAGAUAAUCACAGACCCCAGUCUGCCUCCCAACAUGGGCCCCGACAUGAGGCCCAUCCGGCCCUCUACCCCUAACAUCAGGGGAGGAUACAAUGGAAACUUCAGAGACCACAGAAAUCCUAGGAGGGGUCAAUACCCCCGUCCUCCACCUCCAUUCAACAGAUGAGGAAAAGAAACCUCACUACUUUAUGAAAGUCCUGAGGUGAAUCCCUCAUUAACGUGACAUGUGAUAUUUGUUAGGGUAUUAAAGACACUUUAAUACAGAGCGGAUACAAUGCGAGUUGUACAUAAUCCCCCGGGGUUGGUUACCUUGGUUACCUGAGGACACGUGGUCACUGGGCCUGACACGUGGUCACUGAGCCUGACACGUGGGGCCCACGUGGGGGUGUGUGUAACUUUUGAGUAGUUAUUGGUUCAGAUAGAGUAAGGGAGAAUAGCUGAGGAGAUUAGAAUAUAGAGAGUUGAGAGUGACGUGAAAUGGAAAUUU